AUGCUUCGGACUACUAGGUUUUUGCGGCCGUUGUUGCGAAGGGGACUGGAAACGGAGUCGGCUCAGGUGAUUGACUGCGCUGAAUCGACCUCAGAAGUGACUUCAAAGAUCCUGAAGGAGACGGCUGAUAAAAGCAACCGUCUUUUUGCGGUUGUCUACGUUAAUGAGCGUCAAUUUAAGAUUACUCAAAACGAUCUCAUCACGCUAGAGAGCACGUCGCCAUUACAAGUUGGCGACAAAAUAAAACUUGACAAGGUUUUGGCGAUCGGUGGAAGCUCCUUCACGGUAUUUGGGCGACCACUUCUACCCUCCAGCUCAACUAACGUCACGGCUACCGUCGUCGAAAAAACAGCAAAGUAUCCUGAGGCCCACUACGUACACGAAAAUCAUCAACGGGCACACUUCCUCAAUUGGCUCAGCAAAGAGGUGACGAUACUCCGGGUUAAUUCCGUUGAAGCAAAACCGGAAUUGCUGCAAAAUUCG